CCGUGACCCCAUGUGAAACACCUCCUGCAAUAAACACUCUCCCCUGCAGAGCUGCUCGCAAUGGAGCACUGAACACUGAGCUUUUAUAGCCAUUUCCCUUUUCCCCACACCCCCACAAUUGUUGAAAACUGUUUUAGAUAACAUUUUUAGAGAUUAUAGAACACGGGAACGAUGUGGAUUCAGAUUCGGACCAUAGACGGAAAAGAGACCCGCACCAUAGAAGAUCUUUCCAGAUUAACUAAAAUUGAGUAUCUAAGGCUGAAAAUUCAGGAGAUCUUCAAUGUAAGCCCGGAACAUCAGCGGCUAUUUUACAGGGGAAAACAGAUGGAAGAUGGCCAGACGCUGUUUGACUACAACGUUGGCCUGAAUGACAUUGUGCAGCUGCUCAUCCGCUCCCAGGCUGACCCACCCGACGGCCCCAUCCCAAAGGACUGUGAAGGCAUGGCCUGCAGCUCCGCGCAGCCCCCCCUCACCUCCACCACCACCAUCACCACCUCCAUCACCACCUCCACCACCACCUCCGCCGCCAUCAACAACAAUGGAUCCAAGACCUCCAGUCCUCCACCUGACAAUCAGCCCUCAACCUCCACUCGCUCGUAUCUCAUAGACCCAGGCCUUGGGAAAUACAAGAUAAACGAGCUGGUGGACUGCAGGGACAUCAGCAUCGGCGCCUGGUUUGAGGCCAGCAUCGUGCGGGUGACCCGAGCCUCAAAGGGACAGAAUGGCAAACCCAGCGCUUUGGGACAGGGUGGCAAGCUGAGCAAAAGGACUAACGGCAAGUUGGAUUUAGACCAAAGCCACUCUGGCCUGGACAAUAACGGAAACUCUGUUUUGAACUCGGACAGUGCACCGUCCACCUCUCACACGGACUGCAGAGACAGUGAGGAGGAGGUCGCGUAUCAUAUCAAAUAUGACGACUACCCGGAGAACGGAGUGGUGGAGAUGUGCGCAGAUGACGUCAGGCCUCGUGCACGCUCUGUGCUGAAGUGGGAGCAGCUGGAAGUGGGCCAGGUCGUCAUGGUGAACUACAACAUCGAGAUCCCUGAGGAGAGGGGCUUCUGGUUCGAUGCGGAGAUCACUGCCCUCAACGAGGUCUCCAGGACCAACAAGGAGGUUCGGGUGAAGAUCCUGCUGGGAGGCCCAGGUGACGUGAUUGAAGACUGCAAGCUCCUCUUUCUGGAUGAGAUCUACCGAAUUGAGAAGAUCGGAGCACGUCCUCUGUCUGCAGCAGACGGGCAGUUCAAACGGAAGAGCGGUCCGGAGUGUAAGCACUGCAAGGCGGACCCAGACUCUGAGUGCCGCUUCUGCUCCUGCUGUGUGUGUGGGGGCAAGCAGGAUGCUCACAUGCAGCUGCUGUGUGAUGAGUGCAAUAUGGCCUUCCACAUCUACUGCCUGAACCCUCCACUCUCCACCAUCCCUGAUGAUGAGGACUGGUACUGCCCAACCUGUAAGAAUGACACCAGUGAGGUGGUUAAGGCAGGGGAGAAGCUGAAGGCCAGUAAGAAGAGGGCCAAGAUGCCGUCGGCCAACACGGAGAGCCAGCGGGACUGGGGCAAGGGUAUGGCCUGUGUGGGGCGCACUAAGGAAUGCACCAUCGUCCCCUCCAACCACUACGGGCCCAUACCCGGGGUUCCCGUGGGAACUACCUGGAAGUUCCGAGUACAGGUGAGCGAGGCCGGGGUGCACAGGCCCCAUGUGGGGGGUAUCCACGGGCGCAGUAACGACGGCUCCUACUCUCUGGUGCUGGCCGGCGGGUUCGAGGAUGAAGUGGACAGGGGCGAUGAGUUCACUUACACAGGGAGCGGGGGUCGCGACCUUUCGGGAAACAAGCGCAUUGGCGAGCACUCCUUUGACCAGACCUUGACCCACAUGAACAGGGCCCUGGCACUCAACUGUGACGCCCCUUUGAAUGACAAGGACGGGGCGGAGUCCAGAAACUGGCGCGCGGGGAAGCCGGUGCGAGUGGUGCGCAGUUCUAAGGGCAGACGCAUCAGCAAGUACGCCCCAGAGGAGGGCAACAGAUACGACGGCAUCUACAAGGUUGUGAAGUACUGGCCUGAGAUCGGAAAGUGUGGUUUCCUGGUGUGGCGAUACCUGCUCAGACGUGACGAUUUAGAGCCGGCACCCUGGACUCCAGAGGGGGCCGAGCGCACCAAGAAGCUGGCUCUCGCUGUGCAGUAUCCGCCUGGUUACCUGGAGGCGAUGGCCAAUAAGACCAAGAAAGAGGCGACCGUGCGAGGUGGCGUCCGGGGCAAGAGGCACUCUGGGAGGGGGCGCCCGCGGUCGCACCCGCUGCCCAAGAAGGUGAAGGAGCAGGAGGUGGAGCAGAAGAGCGUGCCGGCGCCGGUGGAGGAGCCAGACGGGGGGCACCAGAGCAACGGCAGCCAGAAAACUCCCAAGGAAAUAGUUGUGCCCGCGGAGGAGCCGCCGGUGAAGCGUCUGAAGGAGGUGGAGGCGUUCCAGCUCUCCGAGCAGCAGCGGGCCCUGAUCCUGGAGGACGACCUCAACAGGAAGCUGUGGGACGAGGCCCUGGGAUUCCUGAAGGAGGGACCGAACUUCCUGAGGAAGGUGGAGCAGAUCUUCAUGUGUGUGUGCUGCCAGGAACUGGCAUUUCAGCCUGUCACCACUGUGUGUCUGCACAAUGUCUGCAAGACCUGCCUGCAGAGGUCCUUCCGUGCGGAGGUGUACACCUGCCCAGCAUGCCGCCAUGACCUGGGAAAGGACUACGUCAUGGUCCUCAACAAGACGCUACAGGUGCUGCUUGACCAGUUCUUCCCUGGCUACAGCAAGGGUCGAUGAACUGGCUAACCUCAUACAGACACAGGCACACACAUACACGCAUGCACACACACACACACACACACACACACAAACACAUGUAUAUUCAAACACAUACACACACACACACAAACACACACACAAAUAUUUGGAUGCACUCAUACAUGACACACGUCUGACACACACACUAGGCAUGCGUGCACGCACACACAUAGACCCAGAGACAACACAGACACAUCUUCCGUGGCCAGCGCAGCAAUGGCUGACCCAUCCGGAACUUGGACUGCUCCCCUCCUGCCCUCUCGACUUCACCAGCCGGCCGUUCCUGCCCCGGAACGCCCCUCCGAUCGCGUCUCCUCCAGGCGGACGCCCUCCUCCCCCCCGUCUCUGAAGACUGGACUCUCGCUGCUCGACCAGCACUGUGCCCCUUCACACUCCCAGCUGUCCUCGUGGGGAUCGGAGUUCAAAAAUGACACAAAAGCGAAACGUGCAGAAGCAGCCCGGAGCACGCGUUUGGGGUCAGUCCCAGGGAAUGGCGUGGGUUUUGGGGAAAUGGCUCUUUUUGUUUGUCAGUCAGAGGCGCAGAGCCUCGCCGCUUCUUUAAAUGUAUGUGCCUGGUUCAGACACCGCCUGCUCCGCCCCCAUUUGUGUUGCCCUUGUUUUCUGUGUCCUCCCUUUAAAACAUUCAAAGGAUUUUUGUUUUUUAAAAAAAGGCAUAAAAAUGCAACUGUUUUAAUGAGUAUGUUGUCUCUAAAGCAAACUGUGAUGUGCAUUGCCCCCUCUUACAGCUCUUAAUUUUUUUUUUAACCGUACCUGUUUUUUCUGCAAUGAUUGGCAAGCUGUCUACUUUUUGCGUGAGCUUUUCUGUGUUCUCUUCAAUCUUGUACCCUACAGUUUACUGCAGUACUAACAGUUUUAGAAGUCAUGUGGCUGCUUCGCUCUUGCAUUAGUGUUGUGUUAUAUGUUUUAUUGCACUUAUUGAAGAAAAGAGAAAUUGAAAAAAAAAUGGUCACAUCUAAUUUCCAAUAUUACCAAGUAUGCCACUUUUCUAUAAUUUAGUUGCAUAUUAUAUUUUAAUCAUUAGUUCUUUGUAUGUGGCAACCUUACGUGCUGCAAUGUCAGCCUGAAGUUACAUUGCUUCAUAUCGUGAUCUGAAAUUUUAUACAUGGUAUACUUGAUAUGUACCUAUUAAAUAUUUUGAUUCCAAAA